AUGAGACCCGAGACGGCGGCUGGAGCCCCGGAGGCGCGGGGGCGCGACUGUCACUGCCCCGGGGACGGUUCCCAGCCGCACGCCGUGGAGACCUUGGACGCUGACACCCAGAGGUGCCCAGCUGACCCCAACUGGGAGCCCGGGAAGGGCUCUAUCUACCCAUUUCCAAGCGCCAGGAGUACCUGCAGAGUUCCGGGGAAAAGGUGCUGGCCAGCUUCCCGGUGCAAGCCACCAUCCACUUCUACAACGACGAGUCAGGCGGCUCUGAUUCUGAAAGCGACGGCCCAGAGGAAGAGACGCGGGCCCUGGGUGGCUGGGACCAGGAGGCGGAACGUGGCCCAGGGGCACAGGGCAGAGCCCGGCUGGUACACGGAGCUGCAGGAAGGGGUGGCCCCCUCAGCAAGGGGCAGCUCCCCCACAGCGACUCUCCCAGGGGCGGCCAGGGCUCUUCAUCCAAAUGAGUGGGGCCUCUCUCCCAGUGCCAACCUCCUCUCCCUCUGCCUCCUCCUGCUCCUGGGGACAAGGACACUGUGACCUCUGCUGGGUGUACAGAGGCUGAGGGCUGCUGGGAGAGCCCAGCUUUUACUUCUCCCUCUCGGCCUGAUUUCUCAGUGACUCCGUCACACCCUUGGGAAAGGAUCUUAGACAGAGGGAAGCUGCCUGUGCCCCUGGUGGCUGUCAGGGAAGGCAGCGGCUCUCUGCGGACCAGAUGGCCAGGGGUCCCUAGAUGGAUCAGUAGCCCAGCCCUGCCUCCCACUUGAGACUCCUCUUUAGCUAUUUCUGCAUUUGUAAAACUGAUGGGGGCAAUACAUCUGUUUUAACCCAUUGCUCACUGGCUGAUAUGGCUGCUUGGGAGCACUUUAGGGAACAAAAAUUUACUUAUGAAAAAAAUCAACAAGAACCCAAAACCCUUAUAAUUUCCGUAAGAGGAACAAAUAGCAAUUUCUGCAUUUCUGAGGGCUAAUUGUGGAUUUCAGUGUUUGUGAUGGGUGUCUAAGGGCGGUGGGUAUGAACAUACAAGCAGAAGAAUAUUAAUCUGAGCUAGGACAGCUCUGGGCUUGAUACUUGAAUGGAAUAACACUGUUCUCAACUUAAGCAUCUAAUGGAAAACUGUUUAGAAUUUUUUAUAUUUUGAUAACCAAAUAACUGAAUUCUUCAAGAUUUUUUACUUAAUUUUCUUACAUGUGGUUGUCUUCAUGUAUAGUACAUGUUAUGGUAUAAAUUUGUACUUGAAAUAAAUAUUUUGAAGGAAAGAA